GACUUAUAAUACUGUAGGUUACGAUUUUCACGGUUCUCUUCCAUACUGUCAUGAUGCAGAUCCACGUGGUAAAAUAAUUGGGGUAGAAGAUAGAAUCGUGAAUCAACGUGCACAUCAGCUUACGAACUCUGAAGAAACCUUGUAGCCUUUUUUAAAUUAUUAUUUGAAUAUUUGAAUGUGGUUUUUGCGGAUAUUUUCUAAUAGUAAUAGAGUGUUUUAUAAACUUAUUAAGAUUGGAAGACGCUCCUCAUUGAGAUUAGAUUAAGUUACGAUUAUUCAAAGAUGAAGCGGUCAGCAGAAAGUUUAAAUGCUAGUGAUCUGAAAGCAGAGAAUAAUGUGGACACAGAGGAUAAUAGAAAGAAAAAGAAAGUAAGAUUCGAGAAAUCUCUAGCUAAUAAAUCUUCAGGUAAAAAUAUUAAAUCAUCUCUUGUAAAGAAAAAGUCAAAUGAAGAUAAUACAAAAAUGACAAAAAAUGAGGCUACAAUCGAGAAAAUAAAUUUGCUCAAACAGAAGAAGGAGAAAAAACAGCUUAGACAGAAAUCUGAAGCUCAAAAGAAUCUAAAAAAAAAAAAACCACAAGUGGAAAAAAAUAAGGCGACCGUCGAGAAAACUAAUUGGCUCCAAUUGAAGAAGGAGAAAAAGGAGCUCAAACAGAAACGUAAAGCCAGGCGAUUGAAUGACGAUGCGAUGUACAACAAGAUUAUUCAGGCUAAGCAGAUUAGCGAGAAAUUACGUAGAUCUGACUGCAAGUCUGAUAAUCGCGUGACGUUAACGUUGGCAUUGCAUGAGAUGCUGGAGAAUCACUACAGUAAAGUAAUAUUCACACACGAUAUGUCCCGAGUAAUUCAGUGUAUGAUCAAGUAUAGUGAGGCACAUAUUCAACAAGCUAUACUUCGAGAAAUAAAGCCGUUUGUCGUGGAGAUGUUGCAGUCCAAAUACGCGAAGAACUGCGUAAGAGCUAUCUUAAAGUAUGGCUCGCAAAAGAUCAGGAAUGAGAUUAUUUCUGGUUUUUAUGGCAACAUUGUCAAACUGAUGAGUCACAGUGUAUCAGCCUCUCUUGUAGAAUCAGCAUACUGCACCUGGUGCACGAACGCCGAUAAAAUAUACUUCAAGCAGGAAUUUUACGGGGACAUGUACAAGUUGGAGAAAGACAAGGAUGUUAAAUCGUUAUCAGACGUAUACAGAAUCGCUACAGACAUGAAACUGGCCACUCUGUCCGCCGUGAAGGCGAAUCUAGUUAGACUCCUGAACAAAGGCUUUGUCAGUUCCACUCUACUACAAACAGUCCUCUGGGAAUUUCUCUGCGAAUGCUCAGUGGAAGACAGGAGCGAGUUGAUAGUCAUGCUGCGAUCCUACAUUAUAACACUAGCUCAAACGAAAAUGGGAACGAGAGUUGCCGUGCAAUGUAUAUGGCAUGGCAACAGCAAGGACAGAAAGAUUAUCAUGAAGGCCCUUAAGGGAAACGUGAAGGCGAUCUGCGUAUCGCAACACGGUCACAUAGUGUUAUUAGCGCUCUUCGAUUCCGUGGACGAUACCGUUCUCGUGCAGAAGAUAAUACUGUCCGAGCUGCAGGAGGAUUUAGUCAAUAUUGCACUGAACGAGUACGGGAAACGCGUCAUACAGUAUCUCGUGGCUAGGAGGCAACCCUUUUAUUUUUCACCAGAUAUGGUGGAAUAUUUGCACCAAGGUGAUGACAAUUCCACGAGCAAGAAACUGGCCGACAUCAGGGAGAAGGAACUUCUCGAGUCGAUCUGCGAUCCACUCUUUGAUUCCAUAAUUGCGGACACGGCGACAUGGUUAUCCAACGGCAGCAUAGCCAUGACCACUCUGGCGAUAUUAAAAGCGGGAUCGGGAGAGAAACUAAAUUCCGCAUUCGAAUCAAUUGCCAAGUUUGUUAGCGGUAUAGAUUCGAAAAUCAAGGACAAUGACACUGAGUACAAUGUGAUUGAACAUUCUGGAUUGCACACAAUGCUGAAGAAACUUAUUCAGUAUGACAAAGAAUUGUUAAAAAAAGACGAAUCCACAUUUGGAGAGAUAUUGAUGUCACACUUAACACCGAAAGUGCUGGAAAAGUGGACGGAAUGUAAUAGAGCUUGUUUCUUGUUAAUUCUUCUCAUAGAAAAUGAAAGUGAGAACAUUAAACGUACGUUGCUGUCCAAGUUGAAAUCUUUGAAGGCAAAUCUCGAAACAAAGAAUGGUGCUGGAGCAUUGAUAUUAAUUAAAAAAUUGAGCCAAUAAAUGCGAAUAUAAAAAUGAUUUUUGUAUAAAUAUAUCAACGUAUAGAGACCUUCUACCAUCUUUGCCAACGACAA